CAAGCAUAAACUAAGUUUCGAGAGAUGAAUGCGUCAUCUGCAAAUGUGACGAUGGUGUUACAGUAUCGAGACUCCUUCUCUAAAGCUGUGACCAAGAACGUGAUUAUUGUGGUUCUCGGGAUCUCCAUCAACUACAUCAAUGUCAGCCUCAUUCACACCUUCUGCAAAAACCAGAUCUUCUACAUGAAUCCUCGCUACAUCCUUUUUAUUCACCUGGUUGUCAACGACAUGAUCCAGGUGACGCUGACUGUCUUCCUGUUCGUCAUCAGCUACACCAUCUACAAAAUAAAUGUCUCCGUUUGUUGCAUCUUCAUCCUGCUUAUUACUUUCACCACUGAAAACACGCCUGUGAUCCUGGCUUUCAUGGCGGUGGAGUGCUACAUCGCCGUCUGCAUCCCCCUUCGCCACGUGCAGAUCUGUACCAUCAAGAGAACAUUAAUGCUGAUUGGUUUAAUCUGGAAAACAAGAAUGUUGUUUGUUCUUCCAGAUCUGUUCUUCACUUUGGCCACAGAGCCGAUGGACUUCUUUCACUCCAGAGUCUUCUGUCUCAGAGAAACUGUCUUCCCAAAUCCCCUCAUCAUCAAGAAGAGAGAUAUCACAAACACAGUGUUUCUAGUCAUAGUUUGGUUCACCAUCUUGUACACUUACUUCAGAAUUCUGUUCACUGCACAAACAGCUAGCAAAGACUCUAAAAAGGCCAGAAACACAAUCCUCCUCCAUGGGUUCCAGCUGCUGCUUUGUAUGACAACGUAUGCAGGGCCGCAGGUAUUAAAUGUUCUGAAGCAAUGGUUUCCUAAGAAUUAUGUAGACCAUCUCUUUUCUUUCUAUAUUAUUGUACAGGUCCUGCCAAGAUCAAUUAGUCCAUUCCUCUAUGGCAUUAGAGACAAGACUUUCAGGAAGUACUUGAAAAGGCAUCUGUGUUGUUGA